GUGUUGUAGUGAGUUGGACGUGAUGAGUUUAUUUAGCAAGUUUGGAACUGAAGAAUAGUUACGGAAUGGAUACAGGGCUGAGGACAUAGUGUACGCAUGGGAAUUUGAUUGUUCGUCUGGCCAGUGACUUAUUGGAAAUCCUUCGUUCGCCCAGCUCAAACCUCGCUUGAUAACAGCGGGCCCGCUGGACGCACGCAACAUGGCUUCAGCGGCAAAAUGAACUCAAUGCAAAGACCAAUAACUUCGUCUCAGGGUACUAGAGUUCCGCACCGACAGGCAUCUCUACGGCCCGACAGCGAUCUGCUGACCCGGACUAGCUGGGAGGAUGCAUCCGUUGGAUUAGCGCAGAUCAACAAGGGUAAUGCAACUGGUAACAAAGGAGCAUUAUGGGCCAGGAGUUGGUUACAGAAACACUUCUUUCACUUAGGAUGCUUCAUCCACAGAAAUCGAGGAAAAAUAAUAUUCGUUGGACUUCUAGUUUUAUCAUGUUUUUGUGUCGGACUAAAAUCAGCAACUAUAGAAACAGAUAUAGAAAAAUUGUGGGUCAAAGAAGGUGGUCGACUAGAGAAAGAGGUGAGGUAUAUGCGGAAGACACUGGGCGAAGGAGUCGGCAGCACAAACCAAAUCCUUAUCCACACUCCAAAGCAAGAAGGAGCCAACGUUCUGCAUCCUGACACUUUGCUCGCUCACCUACAAGUGCUCAAGGCAGCUAUCCAAGUUUCCGUGGAGGUCUUUGACAUCCCCUGGAGCUUAAAAGAUCUGUGUUAUUCUCCAAAUUUUCCUCUUUUUGAUAAACAUUAUAUAGAUAUGCCCUUAGAGAAUUUAUUUCCCUGUGCCAUAAUUACCCCUUUAGAUUGUUUCUGGGAAGGAUCCAAGCUUCUAGGCCCAGAAUUUCCUGUUAAAAUUCCGAUCCUGAAUUCCAAUGUCCAGUGGACAAAUUUAAAUCCCCAAAGGCUCAUAGAAGUGAUGAAGAAUUUUGCAAAUUAUGUGCCUACUAUCACCUUACAUACCAUAGAGUCUUUCAUGAAAAGGGCGGGUAUUACCACUGCCUACCAAAAGAAGCCUUGCUUGAAUCCAGCAGAUGAUCAGUGUCCACCAACGUCUCCUAAUAAAAAAAGUAGUCAGCCUUUAGAUAUUGGGGCAGAGUUGACUGGUGGUUGUCAUGGUUUUGCAGCAAAGUAUAUGCACUGGCCUGAAGAUGUGCUGGUUGGUGGAGUUACAAAAAAUAAAACUGGAUAUAUAGUAAGGGCUGAAGCUUUACAAACAGUAAUUCAGCUUAUGGCAGAAAAAGAAAUGUAUGAUUAUUGGAAAGAGCAUAUUAAAGUUCAUAAUUUAGAUUGGACACUUGAUAAAGCUAAAAAGGUUCUUGAAGCAUGGCAAAGAAAAUUCACAGAGGCUGUAUUGCGUGAGGCUCAAGUGCCGAACAUAACAAAAAGAAAUACUAUGAAUGUGUUCUCUACAACUUCUUUGGGUGAUAUAAUGAAAGAUUUUUCUGAAAUGAGCAUCAUGAGAUUUGCUGUUGGAUGCAUUGUGAUGCUUUUUUAUGUUUUCUUCUUUGGCAUGAAGUGUUGUGAUCCUGUAAAUUCUCAGAGUGGUCUUGGCAUAGCAGGUGUUAUAUUAGUAGCACUUUCUGGGGCAGCUGGUCUAGGAUUUUGUGCCAUUCUUGGCAUUAGCUUCAAUGCUGCCACUACUCAGGUUGUGCCAUUUCUGUCUUUAGGGCUAGGAUUAAAAAGCAUGUUCCUUAUAAUCUAUCAAUAUAUCCUUAUUUCUAAGUCAGAAUCAGCACAGCAGGAGCUACUAACUGGAGAAGUUCUUAAAAGAACUGGUGUUAAUGUUGCAUUGACAUCCUUCUGUAGUAUGUGUGCUCUUCUUGCUGCUGCUAUUAUUCCUAUACCUGCUUUAAGAACUUUUGUUCUGCAAGCUGCAAUAAUUGUUGUAUUUAAUACUGUUACUCUAUUGCUCAUCUUUCCUGCAGUCAUCAGUAUAGAUGUCAAACGUAGGAGGUUCAAACGGGUGGAUAUACUUUGUUGUUUCAGUUGGAAGAGUCAAACACCAGCAGAGUAUGACAAGCAACAAAUGAAAUCUCUUAAACAUUCUCAAAGUAGCCCAUCUGUUGUAAUUCCAAUUCGACAGGCUGUUACUCAUGCAUUACCACCUGAUGGAAGUCAUGUUGUUACUGUCCUUGCUCCUUCAGUUAACCAACAACGAAAAAAUCGUUUACAUGACACAGGAAUAAAACAAGGUUCAUCGAUUGAAAAUUUAUCUUCUAGUUCUUCAUCGAAAGACUUAUUGACAAAGAAUAGAAGAAUGCAAGACCACUGCAUUGAUAUUUUUCAUACAAAAAAGUGUUUAGAAUUAUCUUCAUUAACAUGGAUUGUGAAUAACUAUAUUGCUCCAUCACUGCAAAGAACUACAGUGAAGUUUGUUACAAUUGUGUCAUGUGUCAUUCUACUUUGUUUUGGAAUUUGGGGAAUUUUUCAUGUGAAAGAUGGCCUUGAUUUGACUGAUAUUGUUCCCAGGAAUACAAAUGAAUACAAAUUUCUCAGCCAAAGAGCCAAAUAUUUUGGCUUUUUUAAUAUGUUUGCUGUGACUCAGGGUAAUUUUGAAUAUCCAACAAACCAGAGACUGUUGUAUGAAUACCAUUAUGCAUUCACAAGAAUAGACAAGAUACUAAAGAAUGAUGAUGGUGGAUUGCCAGAUUUUUGGCUUACUAUGUUUCGAGAUUGGCUUUUGGGUUUACAAAAAUCAUUUGAUGAAGACUGGAGCAGUGGCUGUAUUACUCAAGAAGGCUGGUGCACUAAUGCAUCUGAUGAUUCCAUCUUAGCUUAUAAGCUUUUGGUUCAGACUGGACGUAUUGAUAAUCCUGUUGAUAAAUCUCUUGUUAAAACAGUCAGACUUGUUGAUAACAAUGGCAUCAUAAAUACAAAGGCCUUCUAUAAUUAUCUGACAGCUUGGGUCUCAAAUGAUGCACUGGCCUACUCUGCUUCACAAGCCAAUUUUGUGCCUGAGCCUCGUCGCUGGGUGCAUGAUCCUCAGGAUGUAGAACUUAAAAUGCCUAAAGCUCAGCCUCUUGUAUAUGCUCAAAUUCCAUUUUUCCUCAACAACAUGGGAACAACUGAAGAAAUCACGGAAACCAUACGUGAUGUGCGGUUAGUUUGUGAGAAAUUUGAAGAGAGAGGACUUCCAAAUUUUCCUACUGGCUUGCCUUUUAUUUACUGGGAGCAGUAUCUUGGAUUGAGAUACUAUUUUUGGCUUGCUAUGGCCUGCAUAUUUAUUAUCAUCUUUCUUGUGAUAGCAACUGUUUUGUGUAAUCCUUGGGCAGCAUUCAUAAUGGUAUUCCCUUUAGCUGUGAUAAUUAUAGAGUUAUUUGGAUUUAUGGGAUUGAUGGGAAUAAAACUUAGUGCAGUCCCUGCUGUAAUUCUUAUUGCUGCGGUUGGAUUUAGUGUUGAAUAUGUUGUGCAUAUAAUGAUGGGUUUUCUCACUAGUAUUGGUAAUAGAGAUCGUAGGAUGGUUAUGGCUCUAGAGCAGAUGUCUAGCCCUGUUAUACAUGGAGCUAUAGCUACUUUUAUCGGUGUGGCUAUGUUGUUUUUCUCCGAGUUUGAUUUUAUUUAUAGGUAUUUUUUUGCUGUUCUUUGUGUCUUAGUUGUACUUGGGUUAUCAAAUGGACUUAUCUUGUUUCCAGUAGUUCUUUCAAUUAUAGGACCACCUGGGGAGGUUAUUCCUCUUGAUGAUCCAGAGAGGAUACCAACACCCUCACCAGAACCUUCACCUAUCAUUCAUAGAGUGAAACAUGCUCGUCCAUUCACUAGAAGGAUAUAUCCUCGAAUGGCUUCUGAGAUCUCACUGUCUACUAUUACUGAAGAAUCUAGUUCUUGUCAUUCCUCACAUGAGAUUGUUGUGCAACCAGAAGUAGUUGUUGAAACUACAACAGUCACAAAUACCUCAAACGGUUCUACAACUGUUAAUACUACAACAAGUUCUCCUGAGAAUACUGAUAGUCAAUCAGAUACUGAUAGUCGAAAGUGCAACACACCUAGUGGGGAAAAUGUUUCAACAACUACAACUACAAAUACUAAUACAACUGGAAAUCAACCUUCAGUGACUACACAAACUGCAGUUACCACAAGAGUCACUGCAACUGCAAAAGUCAAAGUAGAAGUUCAUGCUCCUUCUUUAUCUAGUAGUAUAGAAAGCUCAAGAUACAGAAGGAGGCGCGAUAGUUCCUCUUCUCGAAGCUCAAGUGCUCGAAGUUCUCCAACUUGAGCAUUAUAAAUAGGACAUUAAUGUUUCAACUCCAUUCCAAACAAGCCACCUUUACUGUAACAUUGGCUUGGCAGAAUUCAGUCAUAUGAAUUGAUUUUGUGACUGUUAUUUCCUUCCUGGGAAUCAUACUUCUGUUACAGAAGAUACACAAGUAAUUCAUCAUAUGACUGGAAUAUUGUAUGUACAACAUGAGCUUAAAUGAGCAAUGAAUUCUUCCAGGUGGAUGUAUAGUGUAAUAAACUUCUAGUGGUUGAUUUGGUUACUUUAUGUUUUUAUUGAAUGGACAUGCUAAUUCAGGGUUCUCCUCCAAAUUGUCUUUUAAUUCUUUUAUAAGAAUUUUGGUCUUUACAUUUAAAACAAAAUUUCAUUGCUUGUUUUUAUACGCAUAUAUAACUGUUGUACCUAAGAGGGCUUACCCUGCAAUGGCUGUCCUUCAGUACUGUCAAACUAAAUCAAAAUGUCAAACUAGUCUGUAUAUAAUAUAGGCAUAUAUAAAAUUUUAUAUUUGUUUCAUCAUAAGUACAUUCUAAAGUUUUUUGUUCGUGUAGCAAAUAUAUGUCAAAUCAACCAUGAAUUUUAUCAUCUGUUUUGCUCAAGCUCAUGUUCCAAAAAACAUAUAAUGAGCUCAGUUGUGAAGAAGAAUGUAAAGUUAUAUUGUUCCUCCAUUUUUCUGGUAAUUUAUUUGAAUGAAUCAUUUGCAAUUUUAGUGUGAUAUGUGCUGAUUGAAAUCCACUUUCUCCUGUAAUGUGUGCUUGUAUGUGUGGGUGUUGCAUCAAUUAAAUGAAGGAAUGAACAGUGGAAUUUUUUUUUUUUUUUUUUGUGUGAUCUCUUUUAAAUUGAAGCGAUGCUAUUUGGCAGUUGCUGAAGAUAAUUACAUUCCAGCAUUCACCUUCAUUAAUCUCUCUCUCUUUUUUAAAUCUAGCUAAGUGAAUUUUAUUAAUUUGCAUUUGAGAUAAAAAAAUCAGUUCAUGAUUAUUGAUUCCAUAUUAUCUCACUUAUUAAUUACAUUUUUCAUGGAAAAAAAUUGUAAAAGACUUUAAAUAGUAUUCUGUUUGGUUCUUUGUACUUUAUGUUGUUGCACAUAAUGAAAACAUGAGAAAUGUUAACUUUUGUGCUAACCUACACAUAAUGAAAACAUGAGAAAUGUUAACCUUUUGUGCUUUUGUUAUGAUAAUUCAACCAAACUUUACUUUGAUUUUAAAAUUACUUCUAAAUAUUUUGGGGGGGGGCAAAUAAAAAAAGAUCUUUUUUUUGAAAGCAGUAGAUAAAUCUUAUAAAGUUAUCAGCUUCUUUUGUAUGUUGAACUUUUGAUAAUAUGUUUUUAAAUAUGCAUUAUUUUAAAGUAUGUAAAAUGAUAAACAAACCUUAUUAUCAUAAUUUAACUCAUUUAUAUAUUUUGCAUACAUAUACCUCUACAGAUUCUCAGGUUUAAACUGAUAGAUUGUGUAAUAUGUUCAGAUGUCUUUAAAGCCUUUUUUAAUAAGUGUUCUGCCCUGUCUUUCUUCCCAUUUAGCCAAAAAUAUAUCAUUUCCUUGUGAUUUCAAGCCCAGAAAACUACUACUAAUUGUAUUGACAUGUGAUUAAUUGUUUACUAAAAAGUUAUAUUUUUAAUGUUUAUUCUGGAAAGGAUACUAACGUAAACCAUGAAUCAAACGAUCUAAUUCUUAGCCAUGCUAAGAUUAUUAUUAUUGAACAUUGUCAUCUCAAAAAGCUUGAAAAGAAUCCCAUUGUUGAAGCUUAAAUUAACUAAUUUUAGACUUAGAUUGACAAUUGCAUUCUCCCCCCCCCCUGAAAGAAAAAUUAAGUGAAAGGAAAUAAUUUUAUUCAAAGACUUUUUUUAAUUCAUGUUUUCCCAUUUCAAGACUUUUUAUUGAAUUAUUUAUUAUUACCCAGUAAACAGUAAAAUUUUGCUUAAUUUAUAUACAAGAGGUAUUUCAAAAUACAGGAAUCAAGCAAUAGACAAAAGUUGACUGUUUGUGCUAAUUUCAAUUUCAGAAUCUCAUUUUUCAUAAAAUUCCCUUUUCUAAUAUUCUUAUGUGAUAAUCUUUAAGAGUUUGGAAGAACAGCAUGCAUUUGUCGCUCAUAUGUAGAAACAUAUUACAAUGAAAUACAUAUAGGGGAUCAUGAGAAAAGCUCAUCUACUACUUUUAUACUCAAUGAGACCAAUGUUUCUCAUGAAAUUCAGGGAAUUUUUUUUUUAAAUCUUUCACAUAAUUUUAUGCAGGUAAAUGAUUUAGUACAAAACAUUAUAUUUUACUUUUCAUAUGUAAACAUAUCUAUGUAUUUUAACAGAUGCUAUUUUGAAAUACUUGAUUUUGUUUUGUGAAAUGAUACUAAAUAAAUUAGAGUGAAAAUAUUAUUUAUUUAUUUGUAUGUAUGAUAAUUUGGAGUUUUAGGUUGUACAGUUAAAGCUAGGCUGUGGUUUUUUUAUGCCUAGUGACUUUGUCACUGCCUAAACAGACUUUAAAGUUGUGUAAAUUAUGUAAAAUUUGUAAAUAAUAUUGGCUGUAAAUUUGAAAGCCAUAUCUAUUGUAUCAGUCUUAUGAUGAAGAUUAUAAAUUAAAGUUUUAUAAUAUUUUUAUUA